AAAAAAUGAAAAAGAAAAAAAAAAUCGGCAAUUUGAUAACUCGAUAUGAGAAGAAGAUGGGACGGGACGGGAGAGAGAAGGGAAAUAUUUUGGAGAUUUCUGGGGCUUUAGUUUCUGGGUGUGGAGGGGUUUCAAAUGACUAUUUGAGCUUGGUAUUCAAUUCAUGAAAUGGCGCUGCAACAUACACUGGGUUUACUGUCUCUGGCUUUGCCUUCCUCAAAUUGCAAAUUUGAAGGGGGCGCUUUAUUUGUGUCAACCAGUUCCCAUACCACCAAUCUUCUCUCUUCUUGGACCUUGGAGUCUUCCUAUCCUUCAUCCAUCUCUUUCAUGAAGUUUCCUUUCCGGGGUAGUUGUUUUAGAAGCAGCACUCUAAGGGCCUAUAGAACCGCAGGGUCAAUUAAGCCUGGUGAUGGAAAGAAGAAGAAAGGACAAGCAGGUAUGGACUCAGAUGAGGAAGAUGAUUCUUCUUCAGCAAAGCAGCUAGACGCUGAGCCUAUGGAUGCUGAAGAGAGACAGGAAUGGAGGGAGAAGAUUAGGAAAGUGAUUGAUAUGAACCCCAAUGUUGAGGAGGAGAUAGACAACAUGGAAAGGAAAAGAAAGAUGCAAAAACUUCUCGCUGAGUAUCCUCUUGUUGUGGAAGAGGAGGAUCCUGAUUGGCCUGAGGAUGCAGAUGGUUGGGGUUUCAACUUGGGUCAGUUUUUUGAUAAGAUCACCAUCAAGAAUAAGAAAAAAGACAAUAAAUUUGAUGAUGAUAAAGAUGACACUGAUAAUGAAAUAGUUUGGCAAGAUGACAACUACAUUCGGCCAAUUAAGGACAUAACAAUUUCUGAAUGGGAGGAGGCUGUGUUCAAAGAUAUUAGUCCACUAAUCAUUUUUGUACAUAAUCGCUACAAAAGGCCAAAGGAAAAUGAAAAAGUUCGCAAGGAGCUGGAGAAUGCUAUACACAUAAUAUGGAAUUGCAAUCUGCCUUCGCCAAGAUGUGUUGCUGUUGACGCUGUUGUUGAAUGCAACUUGGUCUCUGCUCUUCAAGUGUCUGCCUUUCCAGAGAUUAUCUUCACUAAAGCAGGGAAAAUCUUAUACCGUGAGAAGGGAUUUGUAAGUGCAGACGAGUUGUCCAAAAUAAUGGCAUUCUUCUACUAUGGAGCAGCUAAGCCACCAUGUUUAAAUGACGUUGGGGAUUAUCAGGAGACGAUCCCUUCAGUUUCUCCCUAAUUGUACCAUAGAAGGAUAGGGUAUGUAAUCGUUUAAAAGAAAUUUGAAGUGUAAAUUAUGCUCUUUUAGGUUUGUUGUAGACGAGUGCAAUCAGUUUGUUGGGCCAAAUAUUUUUGGAAAGGCUGAAGAACAUCAGUUAUACAACUUACGAUGAGAUAGCAAGAGCAGCUAGUUGAUUCUUGUA